GAAGAUAUUUAAUUGAAACAAAAAACCGGUAAUAGAUUUUUAAUUUAAAAUGAAUGCCUUAGUGAUUUUAAAGAUUAUUUUGUUUAUUCCUUGUUGCGUUUGUGCGAAUGGAGAGUGGAAACUUCAGAUACUGCACAACAGUGAUAUGCACUCGAGAUUUGCAGAGGUAAAGGCGACGUCAUCCAAGUGUUUUCCAUUUGAAAGUGCUAUCCCAGGUAAAUGUUACGGAGGGUUCGCGCGGCUAGCGACACUAGUGCGUAAAGCGAAGAAAUCCAGCACGCCGACGCUGUUUCUGAACGCCGGAGAUACCUACCAGGGCUCGGUGUACUACACGGUUCACAAGUGGAAGAUCGUCGCCAAGUUUCUGAACCUGUUGAUGCCAGACGCAAUCUCGCUGGGGAACCAUGAGUUUGACGACGGGCCCGAGGGCCUGGUGCCGUUUGUAAAUGCAGCAGAGUUCCCAAUUGUUACGAGUAACAUCGAUUUCACUGGAGAACCGGAACUGGCAGCUGCGACGAACCUGAUUAACAGCACUGUGCUUGAGGUUGAUGGCAAAAGGGUUGGUAUUAUAGGGUACCUCACACCCGAGACGAAGGUAAUCUCCUCACCAGGUAAGGUCGUCUUCCUUGAUGAGGUCCAGUCCAUCAGGCGAGAAGUUGACAAACUGAGAGCCAACAACGUCACAGUAAUAAUAGCGCUUGGCCACUCAGGCUUCGAUAUAGACAAAAAAAUAGCCACUGAAGUUGACGGCGUCGACUUGGUAAUCGGCGGCCAUACUAACACUUUCCUCUACACCGGAAAAAAGCCUGACUUGGAGGCACCAGAGGGACUUUACCCUACGGAGGUUAUUCAGAAAAAUGGACGCAAGGUCUACGUCGUCCAAGCAUAUGCCUACACAAAGUAUCUCGGAAAUCUAUCAGUUACUUUCGACGCCGAUGGUGAAGUUACUAACAUUAUCGGUAACCCUAUUCUGGUGACAAACGACAUCGAACAAGCGUCUGAUAUUCUUCAAGAACUAGAAGCUUGGCAGCCGACUUCCAACAUGCUAUCCAAUAUAUCUUUGGGCUUAACCAAAGUCUACCUUGACGGUGACAAGAAACGGUGUCGCAGUCGCGAAUGCAACCUUGGCAAUCUGAUUACCGAGGCUAUGGUUGACUAUAAUACGAAGCAGUAUUUCGGGACGUUUGGUUGGACCGACGCUUCCAUUGCCGUUAUCAAUAGUGGGGUUAUCAGAAACUCGAUCAACAAAGCUCUGGAUACUCCAGUCACAAUGAAGGAUGUAUUAGAUGUCCUUCCGUUUUACCACUCGAUGGUAAAAGUACAACUGACGGGUAGUGACAUAUUAGAAAUGCUUGAGCACAGUGUAGACGGAUUAGUUUGCACGAAAGUUUGUCCCAUGACCGGCCGAUUUCUGCAGUUUUCAGGUCUCACUGUAAUAUACAACAUAUCCCAGCCACGAGGCAGCAGAGUUGUGCUUGAUUCAGUAUUUGUGCUUUGUUCAAAUUGUCGCAUUCCUACUUAUGAAGUGGUAGAAAGCAAUAAAAUAUACACUAUACUUACGACAGAUUAUUUACAGAACGGAGGUGAUGGUUAUAAGAUGCUGAAGAAUUUAACCUGGAUAAAUACAGGGGCAACGAUGGACCAAAUCAUAGCUAAUUAUUUAGUUACCAAAAGUCCAGUUUAUCCAAUGAUAAAUAACAAAAUAAUGUUUUUUGUCAAUGAACCUAACCGCAGUUCUUCGAGCUUAUAUAAUUACAGACUUAUUGUUAGUUUAUUAAUUAUCAUCGCUUACAUGACUAAUUAUAAAUAAUUUUAGGAUACGACGAUCAAUAAUUUUAUUUUUUCAUACAAU